AUGGCGGCGCCCAUGAGGCUGUGGUGCCGGGGCCUGGGGUUGUGCCCGCGGUUGCUGCGCCGGGGGCCUCCGCUGCUGUUCUCGAGGGCGCGGAGCGGCCCCCCGGCGGUGGCAGCUGCUGGGAGAAGCCGGCUGUACGAGCACGCGCGGGGCGGCUGGACGGCGCGCCCGCGGCUGAACUUGGAGGCGCUUAGCGCGCAGCUGGGCGAGGCCGAGCGGGAGCUGGAGACGCGCAAGGGGCCCCUCGGGCCGCGGGACCUGCGCGAGAUUGUUGCCACUUGGCAGAGAUUAGUCGAGGUGCAAGAAGAAAUUGCAGUACUUGAAGCUGAGAAAGAGAAGGUGGCUGAAGAAGUGGGGAAUAUUGUGAAAAGCCAAGACAGAAGUACUUUGCAGUCGCUCCCUGCCUACGAUGCGUUGCGGAAGCAGGGAAGGGAGCUCCGCCUUCGUCUCAGUACUUUGCGCCAGGAGGAGCUGGAGCUGGAUGAGAAAUACUUGCUGCGUGCCCUCAGGCUGCCCAACAGGACCCACCCAGAUGUGCCAAUUGGAGAUGAGAGCCAAGCGCGGGUGUUGGAGGUUGUUGGUGAAAAGCCAGCAUUUGACUUCAAGGCGAAAGGGCACCUGGAAAUUGGGGAAGACCUGGAUAUCAUAAGGCAAAGGCGCCUGUCCCACAUCUCAGGCUACCGGUCGUUCUACCUCCGUGGGGCAGGAGCAAUGUUGCAGCAAGCAUUGGUGCAGUUCACUUUCAACAAGCUGGUGAAAAAGGGCUUUAUCCCCAUGACUGUUCCAGAUCUGCUUAAAGGAGCUGUCUUUGAAGGUUGCGGCAUGCCCCCAGAAGCCAGCUCCUCCCUGCUGUACAACAUAGACCCUUCUCGCUUUGAAGACCUGAGUCUGGCAGGGACUUCCGAGGUCGGCAUUGCAGGAUACUUCAUGGAUCAUGCGGUGAAUCUGAAAGACACCCCUGUCAGGACAGUGUGUGUCAGCACGUGCUACAGGGCGGAAACAGAAACUCGCCAUGAGUCGUGGGGACUGUAUCGAGUGCACCAGUUCACCAAGGUGGAAAUGUUUGGGGUUACUGCCAACGAGACUGGGUUCGAAAGCGAGGCCUUGCUGGAUGAAUUCCUGGCCGUGCAGAAAGAGAUCUUCUCUGAGCUGGGACUGCACUACAAGGUCUUGGAUAUGCCCACACAGGAACUGGGCCUACCUGCAUACAGGAAAUUCGACAUUGAGGCCUGGAUGCCAGGCCGGGACAAGUAUGGAGAGAUCUCCAGCGCCUCCAAUUGCACAGACUACCAGAGCCGCCGGCUGAACAUCAUGUACUACAACCAGGAAGGCCACCUGUCUUAUGCGCACACGGUCAACGGCACGGCCUGCGCUGUCCCCCGGAUGCUCAUUGCCCUCCUGGAAUCCAACCAGCGCAAGGAUGGCAGCGUUCGGGUACCAGAGGUUCUGCAGCCGCUGAUGGGCACAGAGAUCAUCGGCAAGCCCAGCUACACUCCGUUGAAAUACAUAGGCCCAAACCGGCCCAAAAAACGCUGAACACCCUUCCCAAAUCCUGGGGUGCCUUGGAAAAAUCUGAGAGGGUUAAGAAGUCCAGAGACCCAGAAAAGGAAGGAAGAUUGGACGCUUGAAUAGUGA